CGUAUCCACUUGUCGUGGUCGUUAUAAAUAUACCUAAGUUUGAAAUUCAACUUUAAAACUUCAAGGUUUACAACAAGGUCUGACAAACAACAACAGUAACAACUCGAUAUGCAUGUCUUGGGGUUGGUCAUCAGUUUACUAAUUGGAAAAUGUGCAAGUUUCCACACAGAAUUGCUGGAGAACGUUUACAGAAACUUUAUGCAUACGGACCCGGAAGUUUUCAUGAAUGUGUCACAGCUAAUAACAAGUAAAGGGUACCCGUGUGAGGAAUAUACUGUAGAAACAAAGGAUGGCUACCUCCUCGGUAUACAGAGAAUCCCUCAUGGACGUCACAACAAGCACCACACCCCCAACAAACUCCCACGUCCGGUUGUAUUCCUGCAGCAUGGUCUUCUGGGAGCCAGUACAAACUGGGUCGCCAAUCUAGCAAAUGAAAGUCUGGGAUUCCAGCUGGCUGAUGCAGGCUUUGAUGUAUGGUUAGGGAAUUCCCGAGGGAACACAUAUUCUACCAAACAUGUCAAGUUGUCUCCUGAUUGUGACGAAUUCUGGAAAUUUAGCUUUGAUGAAAUGGCCAAGUAUGACAUCCCAGCCGUUCUAAACCAUAUACUGACUGUUACUGGACAUGAUGACUUGUUCUACAUUGGUCACUCCCAGGGGACACUUAUUAACUUUGCCAUGUUGUCAGAUAAUCCAGAGCUAUCAAGAAAGAUAAAACUAUUUGUGGCACUAGGACCUGUGACUGUGCCUGCCCAUAUCAUCAGUCCGCUCAAGUACCUGGCAGCUGUACCUGAUGAGAUAGCCUAUUCGUUGUUAGGUCGGAAAGAUUUUCUGCCAAAUUACUUGAUCAUAAAGAUUUUGGGUGACACGUUGUGCAAGGAAACUGUGACAAGGGCCGUGUGUUCAGAUAUCUUGUUUUUGUGUGCUGGUUAUGAUAUACACAACUUAAACAAGACAAGGCUACCAGUGUAUAUCAACCACUCGCCUGCUGGCACUUCCAUGCAGGAUAUGAUCCAUUUCUCACAGAUGAUCCGUAGUAAAGAGUUUAAGAAGUAUGACUAUGGAUCUGUGUCAGCCAAUAAAAAGCACUAUGGACAGGACACACCCCCUGCUUACAAUGUUACCAAAGUGACUACCCCAGUAGUGCUGUACUGGGCAGAGAAGGACUGGUUAGCUGUACCUCAGGAUGUGAAGAUACUUCAAUCCAAGUUACCCAAUGUUCGUGGAAUUUAUGAAAUCAAAGACUGGAAUCAUCUUGAUUUUAUCUGGGCUGUUAAUGCAUACAAGGUGUUGUACAAAGAUAUCAUCAAGCUACUACUUAACACUAAGGAUUAAUGAUGUUUGGAAAUUCAACAUCACUGACUGAUAAUCUGUAUAAACUCAACACCAUACACUCGAUCAUGGUGUUAUUGAACUCUACACAACAGAAUGGUGGCUUGUGUGAACUUCAACAUCACAGGUCCAUAGUGUGUGUUACAGACCCAUGGUGUGUUAUCUUGACACCACAACCUCGUAGUGUGUGAUAACUAAAAUCACAGACAUUUAGAGCCGGUCAUCUCAACACCACAGACUUGUGAUUGUGAAUUCUACACAACAAAUUCAUAAUGUGUGUGACCUUUAAAACCACCGACUGAUUAUGUGUGUUUAUCUGAUACCGUAGACUGUCUUGUUUAAACUUAACACUAGUCACAAACUAAACACAAAAGACUGAUGUGUGUGGACUGAACCUCACAGACUGAUGUGUGUGGACUGGACCUCACAGACUGAUGUGUGUGGACUGAACUUCACAGAAUGAUAGUGUGUGGACUGAACUUCACAGAAUGAUAGUGUGUGGGCUGAACUUCACAGACUGAUGUGUGUGGAUUGCACUUCACAGACUGAUGUGUGUGGACUCGACUUCACAGACUGAUGUGUGUGAACUGGACUUCACAGACUGAUGUGUGUGGACUGGACGUCACAUACUGAUGUGUGUGGACUGAACUUCACAGAAUGAUAGUGUGUGGGCUGAACUUCACAGACUGAGGUGUGUUGACUGGACAUCACAGACUGAUAGUGUGUGGACUGAACUUCACAGAAUGAUAGUGUGUGGG